AUGCAUGGAUUACUUUUCAGUGCGAAAUUCAAUUUGAAACGUGCCUUUGAGAUACCAUAUUUUAACGGGACCAUAUUUCUGGAGAAUAAAAGUAAAGUCGGAAAGGUAGAAGAGAUAUUUGGCCCAAUUGAUAAUUCAGUAAGUCUUCUAAUUUGUAUAUGUACUUGA